AAUAUUAUGGAUCAUUAUGUAACAAACAUGCCGUUAUCCAGGUCGUUUGAUUGAUUAUAUAAUAUCAUUGAGAACUUUAUCAAAACACUCAAAUAAUUUAAAGUUGAAAUGGACACGCUCUGCCUCUGGAAUAGUUCCAGAUUUUUGUCAGAUGUCAUCAAAGAGGGUGCAGUUUAUCUAGAAUGUUGUCAUUAUCAUGACAGCCAAUCAUAGAUCAGUAUCUGUUAACUUAGUUCCAGCUAAUGCUCAUCAAAUCUCCUGCGCCAAAGGAGCCAGUCAAUAACUUUGUUAUACCAGUUCAUACCUCUGAUGAGCACAUCCAACAGGAUGGCCUCCCUUUCUGUAGAGGAAGAAAACUAUGUUAGAAUGAGUUUACUACUAACAGGAAUUUCUCCACGGGCAGCUAGAACUUUCUUUGAUAGUGAAUUUGAUCCAGCAUGUUUAUAUGCCGCACUGAAAAAAGAGUAUUGCAACUUGAUGGAAUUAAAAAGCAAACACAGAAUCAACCAAUCACAGUGGAGUCAAAUGUUCCCAAGAUUUCCUGAUGUUCCAGAUUCCAAGACAUUUGACAUCCAAUUGAUGAUAACACUUCUUCGAAACUUCACUAAUAUAACCCAUCCUCAUGGUGGAUUUGACUGUUUACCUACUGACAUCGAAACCACACCAGGUGCCGAUUUGGCUAGAAUUAAAUACUACCGGAACUACCUGGCUCACCUGGUUGAAGUGAAAAUAGGGACAACGGACUUCAAUACAGCAUGGGAAAUUAUAUCUGGGGCCAUAGGAAGAUUAGGAGGACAGCAUAUGAAGGAGGACUGUGAUCAACUAAGAACCAAAACACUGGACCAAACAAAUAGAGAAAUUAUGAUGGAUAUCAAACGUUCUAAUGAGGAAAUCAGGGAACUGAGAGAGUCACUUGAUAGUUUAAAAAGAUCCCAUGAAGUCCUUCAAAAUAAUCAUAUAGAAAUGACAAAAGAAGUAAAAAGGUUGAAAAGUGUUCAAAAUGAUACAGUACCUUGGAAUGUUAGAGAAAGAACUAAAGAAACACUGAAAUCCUGGAAGGACAAUGAUGAUAAGAUGUUUAUAACCACAAGAGCUGCCCAAAAAGUACUUAAAUCAAUAAAGGAAAACAGUUGUGUUACUAUAACUGCUAGUUCUGGUGUAGGAAAAACAGUCACUCUCCGACAUGUAGCUUUACAAAUGGCAGAAGAAGAGUAUGAUGUUCUUCUGGUGACAGAUCCAGGCGACAUUGUCAAGUUUAACAAUACAAAUAAGAAAACAUUGUUUGUUGUUGAUGAUUUAUGCGGAAAUUUUUCUGUUAACCAGAGUGACAUUAAAAGUUGGGAACCAGUCAUUGAAGAGAUAAACCAAAUGCUUGAAAAACAUCAAACCAAAAUAUUAGCAGCAUGUCGGUUACAAGUGUAUCAGGAUGAGAAGUUUGAAUCGUUAUCAAUUUUCACCAAAUCGUGUGUUUGUAACAUGUUAUCAGAGAACAUGUGUUUGUCAAAAAGUGAAAAACAGUCAAUUGCAGAAUUAUAUCUGAAAACAGAAGCCUCAGCUAUUACUGACUAUUACAACUUAUAUGAUUGUUUCCCUCUUUUAUGUAAACUGUACCAUGAUAAUCCUAAUUUUAAUGUUACAAAAUUCUUUCGAAAACCUUUUUCAGUUUAUGAAGCGGAGAUUGAAAAGCUCCAUAAAAAAGGACAUAACACUAAAUACUGUGCUUUGGCUUUAUGCGUGAUAUUUAACAACAAAUUAAAAGAUGAAAUGUUGACAGAAGAGGUAAAUGAAGAAACAAAGAUUAUCUUUGAGAACACAUUUGAGGCAUGUAGAUUAGACAGGGGAACAUCAAGAUUUGUAUUACUGGAUGAACUAAACUCGCUGAAAGAUACAUUCAUCAAGAAAUCAAAAAACAUAUACAAGAUCAUACAUGAUAAAAUAUUUGACUUUCUAACUUACUACUUUGGACAAAAAAUAAUUACUUGCUUGAUAAAAAAUGCAAACAGUGGUUUGAUCAAGGAGAGAUUUUCACUCGAAAAAACAGAUUGCUUGGAUGAGUUUAUUACUGUCAUACCUCAAAAGUAUCAUCAUUCAUAUAUCCAGAGAAUGAUCAGUGAUUGGUCAAAUGGAAAAAUUCAAGAUGUAUUUAAUAACAUAAAUAUGCAAAUGUCUAAUUUCAGACAGCAAUUUCUUAUUCAUUUGUAUAAACUUGAUAAAUUUCACCAAAGACAGCUUGCACACAUCUGUAAUAAACCCAAACACAGGGAAAGCAUUGAUGAUGAAAAUUAUAAUGAUGAUGAUGAGGAGGAGGAGGAGGAGAAAGAGGAGGAUGAUGAUGAGGAUGACGAUAAUGAUAAUGAUGAGGAUGAUAGUGUUCUUUUGAAAUGUUGUGUUAUUGGUGAUAUUGAUUUGGUUCGAUGGUGUUUUAAACUUGGUGUGGAUGUCAACAAACGUAAUUUUUAUGGCGUGUCAUCCUUAAUGAAGGCGUGUGAACAUGGUCACACAGAAAUAGUAAAGAUGUUGUUGGACAGAGGAGCAGACUGUAAUACAUGUGACUGGUAUGGUGAAUCACCCGUAACGAUGUCUUGUGAACAUGGUCAUACAGAAGUUGUAAAGAUCUUAUUAGACAGAGGUGCAGCCUAUGAUAAUUGUGACAUGUGUGGACAGUCACCGGUAAUGAUGUCUUGUAAACAUGGACAUACAGAAGUAGUAAAGAUGUUGUUAGACAGAAGGGUAGACUUGAAUAAAUGUGACGAACGUGGACAGUCACCUCUAAUGAUGGCUUGUGCACAUGGUCAUAAAGAAAUAGUAAAGAUGUUGUUAGACAGAGGGGCAGAGUGUGAUGAGUGUGACCUUUAUGGUGAAUCACCUUUAAUGAUGUCUUGUAAACAUGAUAAGACAGAAAUAAUAGAGUUGUUGUUGAAUAGAGGAGUAGACUGUAAUAGGUGUGACAGAUGUGGACAGUCACCUCUAAUGAUAGCAUGUGCACAUGGUCAUACAGAAAUAGUAAAGAUGUUGCUAGACAGAGGAGCAGACUUUAAUACAUUUGACGAACGUGGACAGUCACCUCUAAUGAUAUCUUGUGCUCAUGGUCAUACAGAAAUAGUAAAGAUGUUGUUGGACAGAGGGGCAGAAUACGAUAAAUGUGACAAAUUAGGUCAUUCAUCUGUUAUGAAGGCUUGCACACAAGGCCAUACCGAAAUAGUAAAGUUGUUAUUAGAUAGAGGAGCAGACUACAAUAGAUGUGAUGACCAGUCAGCUUUAAUUAAUGAAUAAUGUAAAUUUAUAGUUUAUAUCAAUGAUUAAUUUUGAAAUUUAAAAUUAACAUUCCGGUUGGGUGUUAGCCAAGGAUCUGUGUUCAAGGCCGUUCUUCGACCUAUAAUUGUUAGUAUAGUAAUUCGUCUUAUUGGCACUCUUACCACAUUUUUAUAUUUCUAAUUACCAAGGAAGAAGCAAAAAGGUAAUGCCAGAACUGUUAUAUAUUGAAAUCAUCGUGAUAAUACUGAGGUAUAAAUCCAUCUGUGUUGUUAUAAUGAACACAGAAGACUACAAACAAAAAGCUGAAGUGCCGAAAGUAACAUGUCCUAGAAAGCAAAUCUUAAAUUGCAUAUUAAGAACAAUCAUCUAUAAGAACAAUUAUUAAUGGACGGAAUCAUUCUACAGAAAAGAUAGAUGAAGUAGUAAACAAUGAGCUUUCGAUUUAAUUUCGAAACUUGUGUGCAGCUAUAUUAAAAACACAACUGAUGUUUUAAACAAAUUAAAUGAAAUUCAACAGCCAUUAAUUACUAGAGAACACAAUAAUGUUUUGUUUAGAUGUAACUAAGUUGUAUCCAAGUGUACCAGGAAAAGAAGCAUGAUAAGCAUGUAAAAUGCAUUAGAAAAUCGAUCUUAUAAAUCAAGCACAACUGAAGAUGUUCUUCAAAUGAUGAACCUAGAAACUAAUGAUUUCAGCAUGAUAAGAAAGACUUUCUUCAAAUCGAAGGAACAGCUAUCAGUUUUCAUCAGGUCAUGGAUUAUGAUUGUACUUACCUCGCACAAUGUGAAGAAUAAUAAUUUCAAAAGAGUUAUCUACAGCUGUAUGCAUACUGGAAAUAUGUUGAUAACAUCUAGGGAAAAUUGGAACACGGUUUAGAAGACUUUUAAAAUAAGAUUUUAUAAAUUGUCAAAUAGUUUACAUGUAGUGAAUUCAAACUGAAAUUCGUUAUUCAACUGAAAAAAAACCUCAAAUUUCUAGAUGUUAUAAUCCACAGAUAAGCCAUUUGAAUACUCUCAAAAAUAUUGUAUAAUUGUCUUUCUGAAAUUGGGAUCAAUAAGAAGGUUUAUAUAGGCAUUUACAGACUAUUCUAUAGGGAACCAUUUGGAUGACAUAUUUUACAUGGAUCGGGUCAGGGUUAAAGGACAGGAUAGAUAUUUUAAGAAACAUUAUAAAGUGUAGAGAUAUUUGUUUACCAAACUAUUCUCAUAUUAUAAAUCAUUUAGGUUCUAAUAAUUUAGUUAAUAUAACUCAGUGUGACAAAACUUUUGUUGAUUAGAGCAUAUAUAUGGAAUUAAUUGUUACUUACAAAUCGUAUUCAUUGUUGUUGUUAUUGGUUUUGGUAGGGGGCUUACUUAUGUAGAAAUUCCGCCUUAA